CGGGAGGGGCAGUGCGCGCUCCUGCCUUUGGCCUCUGUUCCCCCCCCAGUCCCCAUCCCCCCCCCGUCCCAGUCUCUGUCUCGGGAAGAUGUCGGACACUGCAGUAGCUGACACUCGGCGCCUUAACUCGAAGCCGCAGGACCUGACCGAUGCUUACGGGCCUCCAAGUAACUUCCUGGAGAUCGACAUCUUUAACCCACAGACUGUGGGCGUGGGCCGCGCGCGCUUCACCACCUAUGAGGUUCGCAUGCGGACAAACCUGCCUAUCUUCAAGCUGAAGGAAUCCUGUGUGCGGCGGCGCUACAGUGACUUCGAGUGGCUAAAAAAUGAGCUGGAACGAGAUAGUAAGAUUGUAGUACCACCACUGCCUGGGAAAGCCUUGAAGCGGCAGCUUCCUUUCCGAGGAGACGAAGGGAUCUUUGAGGAGUCCUUCAUUGAAGAAAGGAGGCAGGGCCUCGAACAGUUUAUUAACAAAAUUGCUGGGCACCCACUUGCUCAGAAUGAACGCUGCCUACAUAUGUUCCUGCAGGAGGAGGCAAUUGACAGGAACUACGUCCCCGGGAAGGUGCGCCAGUAGGAGCCCCUCUCACCACUUGUCCUCUGCCUUCCUGCUGAAAUGACAUUGGUUUUUACACUAAGCCUUUCUCUCUCUUUGAUCUGAAGUUGGCUGUGUAUCCCCCGGCCUGAUAGACUAUCUAGCAUUGUGCUACUUGGUACCUGACUACACUCUGGGCACCCUGCUAGGAUCCUCUUUUCUGAGAAGAGGUGGGAAACCACAGGCAGAUGCCCUUUACUUGGGGUUCUGGGGUGGUGGGAUGGGGAGGAUUGGACUGGAAGGUAAUUUCUUGGGCGUUUGCCCAUGUCAGAAGGCUAACAUUAGUGGUGGGGGGCGAGGGGGAUGUGCUGGUGAGGCACUUGGAUACAUACUGAUGCUGCGAGUCCAGAGGAUUUUUCUUACUCUUAGGUUUAACCAAGAACACUGAGCAGGGAAAAACCCUGCCUUGCCUACCUGCAUGUACUUUUUCCUUUUUGGGAAGGUGGUAGAGAUCUAAAAGCUCUACUUGUUUUCUCUAGGCCUGCUCCCAGUUUUCUUAACAGUUUCUUUUGUUGCUUUCUCUCUCCCUUGUUGCAUUUCAUGGCAGUAAUUCCCCUAGAGUCCAAACAGUCUGUUGUGUGGAACAAGAUGUGUGGGUAUUCCGGGAGCAUCAUUGUUCCUGCUUCAGGUCAGAAGAAAGCCGUAGGGUAGUAGGGGAGCUCCUGUUUCCUAGCCCUGCUCCCUUUGUGGCUCCCCACUCGGGCUGCCUGUUCUUGCUCACCCAACAGGUGAAUCAGUGUGGACCAACAGUUCUGCCUCCCGGACCACUUGCUACUUUAUGGGUUAGCUUUACAGGUUUGGUGGCUUGAGGGGCGGGAGUAACCACUGCCAGGUAACUCCCUGAAGACUGGGAGUAAAUAAUUUUCAAGGUACCUCCCGGUGGCAGGGAAGGGCAUCACCAGUUUCUUCCUUCCAUGCUCUCUCUCCCCCUCCCCCCAUCCCAUUUAGUGCUGUCACAGGGUAGAAGCACAUGAACAAACCACAUUGUCUGACUUCUCCUAAGCACUUUGAGCUGUUGAAUGGAGCUCAGGGGCAAGAGUUGUCACUGCCUCCUGUAACUUGGUCACAAGGUUACUGAACUGCCUGGACUUGUUUCCUGUGGCGCUCCAGCAUUCUCCCCAGAAGUUUAGCUAGGGAUUGCAGCUGGGUAUGAAUUUCCUAAAUCUUAGGGUCUGAAACAGUUUCUUGAGGCUGGAAACUUUCCUAGGCUUCUGUCUGGGAAGUAGUGAUUUGUUUUUUGGGACCUGAUAUCUAUCCCAAGUGGUGGGACGGGAGCAAGUUAAUUCUGGUAUGAGGUCAAAGGUGUGAGCUCUUUGCUUAGACUCCCUAUGAUGGAAGGGUUGGAGUUCUCUGUACAAGGCCUUGGGGGGGGUUAGAAAUUGAUGGUUCUGACAUGACCCUGAUCAGAAGAAUUAGGAUCAGAUUUUGACGUGGGCUUUGGAGCCCACCUAAGUGUUGAAGUUCCCUGAGACAGCUCAGCUCUUAAGCUGCUGAGACUGUGCCAGGGGCUGAGGAGUCCCUAGAGAGAGGCUCUGAUCCCUUUCCCGCCUCGCCGAUCUUGGUGUUGUUGCUGCCUUUUUGAUAUGUAUCCUCUGUUAUAGACUUUUUUUUUUAAGAUUUCCUUCUUUAUUGUGCACAAAUGCUGAGAGUCUGAGGCCCCAUUUCUGCUGUGUAUAUAUCCUGACUUGGGGCUUUUUUUUUUCCAGCAAACUGUUCAUUCUUCUGUCAGACAAUGUCAUAUUCAACUUCUGUUCAUAUUAAACCACUGUGAAGCAAACCUCUGUU